UUCGACAACGUUGUCAUAUUUAACAACCAUUGUCGAAUUUUAACGAUUACCGUUGUCGUAUUCGACAAUUUCAACUUCAAACGCAAAAAAUGUAAAAUUUACGCAAAACAUGUACUUUUUUAUUUCACAAUAUUGACUUUCAAUCCUCUAACUAAAUUUCUAUCUGCGUAAAUUAAAAACUCGCCUGUGCGAUUGGAAGAAAUUUCCGUUUACUUUUCACACCACCAGUCUGAACCAGGGCGCCAUCUUGUUUAAUGGCGCUUCAUCCUUGUCCCGUUCAUUGCAAUUACUGUUUAUUACAAUAUUACGCUAGGAAUUAAAAAAUCAUAACAAUGAGAAAGCUAAUAUUCUUAUUGUAACGAUAACUUUUAAAGAAGAAUUUAGCUGUUCGUUUCCCAAUUUUUUUAAAACGUUUUAGGUGUGCGACUUUGACAAAAUGUUUAGCUAUAUUGCGCGGGAAAUAUGAAAACAGGAGGGGCGCGGAAAAUAUGAAAACAGUAGGGACGCGGUCUGACCAACACUAUCCGGCUUAGCCUUUGAUUGCCGUUAUGACAUCCAACUCCCAGGAAGACGACAUAUACAAGGUUUUAGAAGAAUCCUUGGAGAGAGAAAAGGAAAACAGCAAGGUUGUAUACAAGAAGAAAGUGAAAUAUAUAGAUAACUCGGUUACAAGACGGUCAACCUACCACCGCAGAGCCCAAAGCCUCGUGCGUGCUGCUAAGGAAUUGGUGAUAUCAACAAGAUGUGAAGUGGACGUUCAUGUGAAGCCGACGUGGGGAAGGGGCAAGACUUGGCGAUACAGCACACAGGCCGAACGGAACGACACGGCACCGGCACAAACUGAUCCUGAACUUGUGCAGCAGCCCUCGUCCUCAUCGCUCACCAUCACUCCGAGAAAACAUCAAAACACUGUCGAACCAGUCCAUACGAUCGAACCCAACAAGAAGCUGUCUUGUCGGGUUUGUGGGUCCGAUGCCAACAAGUCCUCCUGGUUAGGGUGUGAUCACAGGAACGCGAGGACCAAACGUCUUGACUGCCAGUAUUGGGUUCAUCAGAACUGCAUCGGUCUGUACUUUGAAAGGGACGGUGACUUGGAAAAGGUUCCCUUCUAUUGCCCGAAGCAUGGACCAAGUCAAAAGGCGCACAAGAGGAAAAGAACCACUAAGUAAAAGGUACCAUGCCUACCACAACCGUCCUCUGCAGGGGCGACAGUUUGUCAUGCAGUGUUCUCACCAAUCCAGCAAAUACGACAAGUGGGGAUGUGUGGUCAAGGCUCCACAGCUUGAAGAUGUUGAUGAGGCUGUCCAGGGGAUCGAAACCAGAGCUGGUCCUAAUCGCACCACCGUAGCUGAUGUCGCCGGCAAGGUCAUCGGUCACGUGCCCCGCAAAAUAUGCAACGUGCUGGCCGCUGGCCUUGCCGUGGAUUUUUCCAUCGCAAGGGCCGUGUGUGUGUUCACGGGGGAGUUCCAACACGGCGGCGCUGCCUCCGGAGGUGGCCCAAAGCUGGUGGCCGUCUACCACCUGGAGGUGGUGCGCCAGCGAGAUGCGGUGGAGAUUGCGGACAGCAUCCGUCCACACCUCACAGAUAAAGACAGGCUGUGGAUCUACUGAGGAACGCCGGCCCUACUACCCAGUCAUCUAGACAUCAAGAGUUUCUGUUGUUUUCGUAGUUUUAGCCUGUUUUCAGUACAUUAUUUAUUUAUGCUGCAUAGUACUUCACCAAAAAAAUGUGAUUUUAUUUUUAAUUUAGAAAACUGUGAUUUUACUUUAAUUUAAGACUGUGAUUUUUAUUUUAGUUUAAAAGACUGUGAUUUUCUUUUUUAUUUAAAAGACUGUGAUUUUAUUUGUAACCCUAAGGAAAUUAACAACAGAUGUACACCACAGCACAAAUAAUGACAAAGUGAAUACAACAACAGGCAAAGUUUCAUCAUGAUCGAUGCCCACUUUAUUCCUCCAACAUCGACAGGUUAUCAAUUAUUUGCUGCAAUUAUUACUAUAAAAUGCAAUAUAAUUUUGUAAAAUCCGGAACUAAAGUGAUUGUUUUGGCAUGCAAUAAAUCAGUCGAAAUCUUUUCAAAUUUCUUAAAUUAUGACCAAAAGUAUAUUGUAAAAUCAGGAAUCCUAUAUGUUACUGAAAUAAUUGUUUUGGCAUGCCAUUAAUCAGUCGAAAUCUUUUCAAAUUUCUUAAAUUAUGACAAAAGUAUAUUGUAAAAUCAGGAACCCUAUAUGUUACUGAAAUGAUUGUUUUGGCAUGCAAUUAAUCAGUCGAAAUCUUUUCAAAUUUCUUAAAUUAUGACAAAAGUAUAUUGUAAAAUCAGGAACCCUAUAUGUUACUGAAAUGAUUGUUUUGGCAUGCAAUUAAUCAAUCGAAAUCUUUUCAAAUUUCUUAAAUUAUGACAAAAGUAUAUUGUAAAAUCAGGAAUCCUAUAUGUUACUGAAGUGAUGGUUUUGGCAUGCAAUAAAUCAGUCGAAAUCCUUUCAAAUUUCUUAAAUUAUGACAAAAGUAUAUCCAUAAAUCUAUAUUAAAAGUAUCUAUUUAUUUGUUUUAAAUCGUUUUGUAAAUCAAUAAAACUAUAAUCAACAAUGAAAGGAUUGUAACAUGUCUUUGCAUCUCUGUACCGCGUUCAUUUUCCAAUCCAGUCUUGCAGAAUAGUGAUGUAUACCGGAAGUUGUCGAAUACGACAAUGGUUGUUAAAUAUGACAACGUUGUCGAAUUCGUACAUUUCCCGG